AUGCAGUCCCUAUUUCCAGAGCCCAGAAAUGAAGAGAGAAACAGCGGGAAACGCGACUGGAUUGCGCGCAGAGCACAGCCUAGGCCUGAGCAUGUGGAGCUCUUCAUCUUUAUUCCCUUCGUAGGCGAUCAAAUGAGCCGAAACCAGGUGAUUACGCGAGCGGAGGCAGCUCAGUGUCGCCCCAUCGCAACCCCUAUCGACAUCUCGUUGGGGUUGUUUGUCUCAGCAUCAUGUGUCGAGGAAAAUGAGCUCAAGGGCGCGUAUUCGGUAGUCUUCAGGCAGAUGUCACCUGGCACAAGCGACCAUGGCGAGGUUUACAAGAUGGGUUGGAACCAGCCUUUCGCCUCAGACGAACACGCUGCGAACAGUCUUGCAAUUGCUCAGGCAAUUAGUAUCGCGGACACGAGAUUGCGCGCAAUUGCAGCCGGAUCGCAGGGAAAAUUCUUGGGAAACGUUAGGGUACAAAUCUUUACAACCAGUAACCCAGCCCUUCGCCACAUAAUCAACCAGGCUGAGAUUCGAGGCCCUCGCCAAGCCCUCCACACCAGAGUCUCGUCACUGGUCCACCAAGAAGUACAGAAACUGGCCGAUAUUCCGGGGAUGAGGGUCGAACUGGUUCUCUAUUGGGUUCCAGCUAAUUCUGGCGUGACGCGCCAAAAGGAAGCGGGCAAGAUCGCCAUGAAAUGUCGCAAAAACGGCAAAAGCAUGUUCUUUGUAAACGAUGAAGAGAGGCCCAGUGAAGACUUGCCGAAGUCAGUCUCCUUACUUGUCAGAGAUGUCCUAAUUCUGGAGCGUCUCCGGAUCAACAAGGAAAGGAGGGCCAACGGAAUGGCAAGCUCGGCAACUACGACCCUCCGGAAGGCUACUCGCGCAACCGCCGCGCCUGCCAUGAACCAAAAAGGCCCCGCCCUGUCUUCUCCUGAGACUCCGAAGACCCAACUUCAGGAGCCUCACCCGGAUCGUUCUGAGCCCCGCGACCCCUCCCCGGCGCUCGACGGCCAAGCCCUCACGACAGAGGGAGAAGAACAGGCCGACGAAGGCUGCCAUGACCCGCUGGAGGAGCAGGCUCUCGUCGAUCGACAGCUCUUAAUCGAGACUCACGAGCAUAAUAUUCGGUAUUGCAGGGAGAGGGUCCUUCCAGGACGCAGCACUUACAGGACCCAGCAGCUUUGGGAGAAUGCUGCCGAGGCUUGUUGCUUUGCCCUGGAGGAGUUGGUCCCGGGCCAUCCGUUGACUCGUGUCCCGCCCCGUUCCUUGCUCUCUUACAUCUUUUCUUCACCAUGA